UUUAUGUGUGAAGAAUAUGUACUAUUUUGCCAGUUAGUAUGCCAUCGCGCGGGGUGUAGUUGCUACUCAUGAUUCGUGUAUGUCGUUGUUUCCUUGCAGCUCGUGGUCACGUUCAGCGUGUACUUCGACGUCAGCAAGGGCCCUAUCAUCUACGUUACGACCGCUUAUUGGCAGAUCAGCGUGAGCGUAUGGGCGCUACUUUACGUAACAUUCGUUAUGAGAAGUGUGCUGUUGCCAAGGAACUGAGUAACGUCCAUGCUGAGUUGGCAUCGCUAUUUAAUCCAGAUCGUGCUCAGCAACUGUUGAGUGAAGAUGCAUCGAGCACAAUUGGUGACACGACUGCUCGAAUCGACCAACGUGACGAUAUCAACGAGGCAUAUCGCAUAUAUCGGUUAAUUCGUCCAGAAGCUCCCAAUUUUUUUGAGGAGCAGUCAUUUAUUGGCAUGAAGGAUCGUAUGGACAGGACACUUGAGGAGAACCAAACCGAGUGUUUCACUGAGUUGGUGCCUGUUGACUCCAGCUUGGACACUAGUUGUAUAUCGGACCCUUUAUUUACUGAUGAAGACUAUGCAUCUGCUAUGUAUGCAUUGAUGCACUCCAUUUCCACUGACAUCGCAAGACUAUGUUCACAUCUUGGUGCGCACUCGAGCACACCGCAACCUGGUGACCAUUAUGACCGUUUAUGUGAAUUCCUGGGUCUUAAGCGUGACGGCAGCAAUGUGGAUCACUGGUCUGGUACGGUGUGGCCGAGUAUUAAACCGCUGCUUGCUCCUGAAUUAGAGGGCAUAGACUCCAGUGAAAUAUCAACUUGGUUAAGCGCUCAUUUAGAGCGCGUAGGUCACAAUCGUGCUAUUAUAGGUCGUUCUGAAACCUCCGAGUGGUAUGACAUAAAACGUGACUUGCCUUAUGAUGGACUUCCAUAUCCCGAGCGCCUUUUAGAUGAGCGUCGAGUGGGAUACCCAUUGGAUCGUGCUUGUGAUUACCUCUUGGGCCUUCUCCAGCUCUUACAUCCCACUGUAACUGCUGGAGUAACUCGAGUGAUGCUUGAUGAUCUACUAGACUCUUUACGUAAAAUAGGCCUCAAGGACUGGUUUGGUUUACGUAAUCGCAGUAUAGUUUCUACAUUUUUUGGGGAAUCACAGGAUAUUUCUACUGUAGAUUCAUCUUCAGGGUCUGGUGCUAUGUUUCCUGUUAACAUUGAUACUUGUGUGAAGUUGCUCGGUAUCUUUGCUCAUGGUCGUGAACAUGAGUUAGACGCUGACUACUGGUCUCCAUCAGCAGUGUUCAUGCGUGCUGGUAUACUGCCUUCUUCCCAAUGCGCCACUGACACACCAAUGCGCCUGGAAGCUUCGGAACCCGUUUUAUCGCAGAGUGACCUUGAGUUUAUAGUUUCCAUGUACUCCUCCCGGGUUUCUACUAUAACUCGUGACCAAGCCGUUCGCGACUGCAAUCGUGUAUUCGAUCGUAUGAUAGAGGAGGAGUUGGAAUUCCAGAGUAGUGUGGGUGCUGGCACCGUAGAGAAUAACACUAUCAGUUACAAGGUACCUGCUGGUGCCCAAUUCGACCCCAAGCGCAACUAUUAUGUACGUACUAAGGAGGGCAUUGACCCUACUCUUAAGUUGGACAACUUGCGUUCCUGCGUUCUUGAACGCCGUCGCAUGCGUACCAUGACUAAGGAGGGUCGCGUCUACUUUUUGCGUAUUAUAGUUGCUGUUGGUGACGGUCGUGGUUAUUUUGGCACAGGUGUUGGUUUUGGCAAUGACGUCGGUACUGCGCGUGCCAGUGCAGUUCAGCAGGCUCUGCGUAACAUGUACUUCAUUGACUAUGAUCCUAAGGAGCCUUUGACCACACCAGUUUUAGGUCAGGAGUAUGGCUGUCGUGUUUAUAUUAAACCCCGUAAGAUGGGUUCUGGUAUUCGUACUAAUAGGAAGUACCUACCUCUGGUAUACCUGAUUGGUCUUGACAACUGUAGAGUUACAUUCCAUGGUCGUAAAUCCUGGUUAACUCGUGCUAAGGCUUUGCGCAAGGCCCUGGAGCAGAUUUAUUCCCGUAGGACUAUGUGCAAUGCAACUGGUCAGCGUUACGUGUAUAUUGGCAGCCCUGGUGACCAUACGGUCCACUGGCCUGAUAACUGGUUCAUGCCUAUCUCCAAGGAAUACAAGGCUAAGACUGAGGGGUUAAAGAACUUGAAGCGUGUACACUUCCGUCGUCAUUUACGUCGUGUUGUAUUACCUGAGGAGGUGAUUCCUGAGGUUCCUAGUUAUUCUGCUCAUAAAUUCAGGUCACCUCUUGAGGUACUUGAGCAGGAGCGUGUUAGGUCUAAAUGGAUUUCUACAUCAGUUCCCAAGGCUCCUAGGUCUAACGCUACUGAGCAAUUACCUGUAGCCCAGGAGACUGCAGUUUAAUACGUUAUAUCUAAAUGUAACGUCCAUGCAUUAUAUCACUGCUUGAUGAUAGCAGUCC